AUGGAACAACACUACACAUUUUGAUAUGGCAAUCUUUUUACUCUCUCGUCGAAAUUUAUUAAUCGAGCGAAAAAAAAAUGAUGUUAUAAACUUAAAACACUCUAUCGGAGAGAGUCUCAAAUUGAGUUGGGUCAUUUUAUCCCAGUUGCGCGUAUUAGACCGAUUGCCCCUAUGGAGAUAACGGCCACUGACACACCAACGCAAUGCGAAGCUCAACACCGUCGUGUAGAGUGUGAUCCUUCCUCUGUUCGCACGCAAACUCACAAAGCUUCAAACUGCGCCGGUAAGAGAACGAUCGAGACAACAUUGUGCUUGAGUUGGAUUCGGCGUAAAGAUAACAAUUUUUCAAAUACGUUAAUAAGUAGUAAAAGUGUAAUUCAAAUAUAAAGUUCUCUGUGCUAGUCAAGCUCGUUUACGGGAUACAGUAUUUAUUGGCCGAACCGAAAUCAACUAAGAAAGAAGUGCAACAAGACGCCGUCGGAGGAAAUCGCCGAGGAAUCAGAUCAAGUGCAAAUUCAACUCCGUUCCGGACUGAUUCAAGGUGAUCGAAACCCGCUACCAGAGCAGAACGCAACGUCCGCUAGAUAUUCCGACACAAUCUUCCCCACAUCCCAAUGGAGUCAACCGAGGAAUCUUCCCUUUCAAAAAUGUUCACAUGGAGUGGAAGUCUGACAAGUCAUGGUUUCGCAUAUGAGAAAGAUCUUGCUUUUACGUUGUUCGUUGCUGCAUCUUUAGAAGAUCGUCGAUUUCGCCUGGCAACGGAAAUGAAUGUGGCCGGUAAAUUUGAUGACGCUGUACUGAUUCUGGACGAUCGGAGAGAAGUAUGGUUCUUUCAAGCCAAGCAUAGCCAAACAUCGAAUGCUAAAAUUGCAUACGAAGAGUUUUUCCCAUCAAGUCUCGAGGAAAAGAGUCAAUUUUCUCUACCAAUGUACAUCCAAUCGUUCCUGAAUGUUUCAAAGCGAAGUGAAUUCAAGAAUUACGACAAGCGAUUUAUAAUCUUCAGCAAUAAAUCAAUAGAUGAAAAUGCUACACAUAAGCUGAGAGAGCUCAUGGACGUAAAAGGCUUUCCUUUGAUUGAUCCGCUGGAAAAGAAACUGUUUAUCAGAAGUAGUGAAAAAUUUGUACCUAAUGCAGAGCAAAUGCAGAACCUGUUGAAAAAGCUAAACGAAUUACCUGUUGCCAUUAGGGAUGCUAUAAUUGAACUUCAGAGGACCGGAACAGUAAAAAGUAUCCUGCGAAAAUACACCACUCCUUUACGAUCCAUAUUGGAUAUAGACAACUCCGUACGCUUUUGACAAACAUUUACUGAAAAUGAGGAUGAAAUCAAUCAGCAAUGGCUAUGGAACGAGCUUCAAACACAUUUCAGUAGUCAGAUCGGAACAACUAAACGCAUGUCAGAGGUGGUUUUCGACAAGAAGAUAGCCAAACGCGACUUGCAAAAUAAAUCCGGAGAAACAAGUUUUCCUCGACCUAUCGAAGAGGCUGAUUUGAGAAGCUUUUUUGAACACCUUGUGAUAUGCACUGGUCAGCCGGACCAACUCUUCGAGCUGAGAGAUAGCAUUAUAGAAUCGGUUUUAAGAAUGUGGGUUCAUGGGAAGGAUCGUGGCUUUUUUAGUGAUAGAACAAAAUUGCAUGUGAUAUUUGAAAAAGAAUUUGAAAAUUGGCACAUGGUUACAAACCUGGAUGGAAAUCUGAAACCUUUUCUGAGCAGCUACGAAGGGAAUAUGUGUGUUCAAAUGAUAAAAGCAGAAGUGCGCAAGGUUUUACAAAAGGUUGCAUCAGCAGAUUUGAGUACUUAUGUGGAACGUAAGUUAGUGUUACAAAAUGGACAGGAAGAAUUCACAGAAGAUAAAUUUAUAUCAAUGCUGGAGCAAUCGUCUGGUCGAAAUGGUUACAUACUGGUUGGGGAACCAGGUAUGGGAAAAACAACUUUCAUGAAAAGAAUCACACACCGACUACAAGCUAACGACUUCAACAAACACGUGUAUCUGAUUUUUUUGAGUAGAUUGUUCAAAAAUUACGAGAAAGGAAACGAUAUAUUCAUACUUAUAAAAUCCGCUCUUUCAAAAUCAAUCCAACAGUUAAUUCAAAACAGUUUGGAACAUUGUCCACAACAGUGUUUCAUUCUACUCGAUGGUUUCGAUGAGAUUGACACAUUGCAUCAUGGCUCAGCUAUCAAACUUAUCAAGGAAACGUUCUGCAAAAACAAUAUCCGGGUUUUCAUAAGUGGACGAAUCCAUGUAAAAGAAAGACUCGAAAAAGAAUUGCAUGUCCAGGCAUUGAACCUUGUUCCGUUAAUUGAAGAUGAGCAACUGCUAUUUUUGAGAAACUACUGGGAGAUCAGUGCUGAUAUUGAUGGUAAAGAGAUGGAUCGGUUUCAAAGAUUUGCGAAACAUUUACUCAGAAUGUUGCAUGACAAUAUUCAAUCUGACUACUUCACUGGCCUGCCUCUGGUGGUUCGAAUGCUUGCAGAAGUGUACAGGGAAAAUUUCGAAAAAUACUGGGAAUCAACGAAUGAUUAUAUUAACGAGAUAUUGGAUUUGGAAAGCAGAUUCAGUGUAUUACGUUUAUAUGAAAGUUUCAUCAACAUAUCGUUCAAUAUAUUCAUUAGAAAAAUAAAUAACGAAGAAGGUUAUGCUACAAUUGAUUCGAAAAUAAUAAAUUUUUUCAAAGACAAUUUGGAAAAAUGUCAUCGUGCCCAUCAGCUAAUUGCUAUUAAACAGUUGAAAAUUCCUGAACUUCGAGAAAUAUUAAGCACAGGCGAUUCUGCAACAAUCCUGGAAAACAUGCAACAAAUAUUGAACGAUGGAGAAAAGUCACUAUUAGUUAAUGUUUUUAACAAGGAUCAUCUAAAAUUCACGCACUUGUCGUAUGCUGAAUAUUUCCUUUCGAAAUUUUUGUAUGAACAUGUGGUAGAAUGUGAAGCGUUCCUGUUCAAUGUUUUGAGUAGAUAUGAAGUCGUUCGAACCUUCUUCUUUUCAAUGAUUGAGGAAAAUUGGGAAGACAGUUCAUUACAAAUGGACACAAUUAACGAUAUUUGUUACGAGGACACUGGACUAAUGUAUUUGGCAUGUUUUGGUGGCUACGAAUCCAUAUUAAAAGAUCUUCUGAAGCACCAUAAAGCAAAAGUAAAUUUCUGGGUUGAUAACAUAGUCAGUGGGGGCUCGCUUCUGCAUGCUGCUGUUGAAUCAAAUAAAGAAAACAUGCUGAAGUCAAUUCUCUGUGAAUAUCGUUUUGGCAAUUGUCCUCACCAUGAAGUGAACUAUGAUGCAAUGAAAACAUAUGAAACUGAAAUAGAUAUAAAUACUCCAGAUUCAAAGGGAUCUUUACCAAUUCAUUAUGCUGCAUAUAAUGGGAAUGAACAGUUUGUUAAGAUGCUUGCGCAACAUGGUGCUGACAAAAAUAUCAAUGCUCGAGACGACGGAGGGAAUGCUCCUCUUCAUUUUGCUGCACAAAAUGGUUUUUGUCAAUUGGCUAAGAUGUUAAUUGAUCAAUAUUCAGCGGACUACAAAAUUGUCAAUAACCGCGGAUACACUCUUAUGCAUAUGGCAGUCGGAAGAGGUAAUAUGGAAAUUGUAAACAUACUUAUGGAGGACUAUGAGGCUGAUGUCAAUGCACAAGAGAAUGAUGGAAAUACGCCAUUACAUCUUGCUGCCAAACAAUUGAAGUGGGAAAUGGUCCAAAUGUUGAUUACGAAAUAUUCUGCAGACUGCAACAUUGUUAAUGCAAAUGGCCAAACUCUCAUUCAUAUAGCAGCAGAAAAGGGUAAUAUGGACAUUGUAAAGAUGCUCAUAGACGAAUAUGCGGCUGAUGUCAAUAUGCAAGACGAAAAUGGAAACACUCCUCUACUGCUUGCUGCCAAGAAUUAUGAGUGGGAAAUGGUCGAAAUGAUAAUUAAGAGAUAUUCUGUAGACUGCGAAAUUGCCAAUGAAAUAGGAGAGUUUCUCAUACAUGUAGCGGCCGCAAGUGGUACUGUGGAAGUUGUAAAGAUGCUUAUGGACCGUACGACUGAUAUCAAUACACCCGACCAUGAUGGUAAUACUCCUCUCUAUCUUGCUGCCAAAAAUAACUACUGGGAAGCGGUAAAAAUUAUUCUUAAGAAAUAUCCUGCUGUAAGCAGAAUUGAUCAAAAUAAUGAACAAACUCUAAUCCGUUUGGCGGCAAAAGGUGGCAGUAAGAAAAUAUUGAAGAUGUUUUUAGAUGACCACGAGACAGAUGUCAACGCACAAGACAACAAUGGAAACACUCUUCUUCAUCUUGCUGUCGAGAAUACUAUAGAGGCGGAGGGAGCUAAUAUGGGAAUUGUAAAGAUGCUUAUAGACGACUAUGGGGCUGAUGUUAAUACGCAAAACAAAAAUGGGAAUACACCUCUACAUCUUGCUGCAAAGAAACUUGAGUGGGAAAUGGUCCAAACGUUCAUUAAGAGAUAUUCUGCAGACUGCAAAACUGUUAAUGCAAACGGCCAAACUCUCAUACAUUUGGCAGCCACUAGAAGAAAUAUGGGAACUGUAAAGAUGCUUAUAGAUGACUAUGCGGCUGAUGUCAAUGAGCAAGACAUAAAUGGGGAUACUCCUCUACAUCUUGCGGCCAAGCAUUAUGAUUGGGAGAUGGCCCGAAUGUUAAUUAAGAAUUAUUCUCCAAAAUACGAAAUUGUCAAUAAACUAGGAGAAAAUUUCAUCCAUUUAGCGGCCACAGGAGGUAAUAAAGAAAUUAUAAAGAUGCUCAUAGAUGACUAUGAGGCUGAUUUCAAUACGCCAGACAAAAAAGGAAACACUCCUCUACAUAUUGCUGUAAAGAAUUUUGAUUGGGACAUACUUCAAACGAUUAUUGAGAAACAUUCUGCAGACUACAACAUCACUAAUGCAAACGACCAAACUCUCACCCAUUUAGCAGCUGAAAGAGGUAACAAGGAAAUUGUUAUGAUGCUUAUAGAUGGCUAUGGAGCUGAUAUCAAUAAGAAAGACAAAAAUGGAGAUACCCCUCUACAUCUAGCUGCCAAGAAUUUUAAGUGGGAAAUGGUCCAAAUGAUGAUUAAGAAGUAUUCGGCAGACACCACAAUUAAAAACGCAAAGGGUCAAACACUCAUCCAUUUGGCAGCCGAAAGAGGUAACAAGGAAAUUGUUAUGAUGCUUAUAGAUAUCGAUUCGGUUGGUGUCAAUACGCAAGACAACAAUGGAAAUACUCCUAUAGACCUUGCUGCCAAGAAAUUUAAGUGGAGAAUGAUCCAAAUGAUUCUCAACAGACACUCGGCAGACUUUGAAAUUCACAUUAAAAAUGGACAAACUCUCAUACAUUUGGCGGCCGUAGAAAGUAAUGUGAAAAUUGUCAGGAUGCUCAUAGAUGACUAUGCGGCUGAUGUCGAUAAGCAAGACAAUAAUGGAGAGACCCCUCUACAUCUUGCUGCUAAGAACUUUAAGUGGGAAAUGGUCCAAAUGAUGAUUAAGAAGUAUUCGGCCGACUGCAACAUUGUUAAUGCAAACGGUCAAACUCUCAUCCAUUUGGCAGCCGGAAGAGGUAACAUGGAAAUUGUUACAAUGCUCAUAGAUGACUAUGCGGUUGACUUCAAUCAGCCAGACGAAAAUGGAAAUACUCCUCUACAUUUUGCUGCCAAAAAUUAUCAGUGGGAAAUGGUCCAAAUGAUUCUUAAGAGAUAUUCUGCAGAUUGCAAAAUUGCCAACAAAAAGGGACAAACUCUCAUCCAUUUGGCAACUGCAGAAGGUGACGGUGAAAUUAUAAAAAUGCUCAUAGAUGACUAUGAGGCUGAUGUCAAUGCACAAGACAACGAUGGAUACACUCCUCUUCAUAUUGCUGUCGAGUAUAGUGUGGAGGCAGAAGGAGGUUAUAUGGAAAUUGUUAUGAUGCUUAUAGAUAACUAUGCGGCUGAUGUAAAUAAGCAAGACAAUAGUGGAAAUACUCCUCUACAUAUUGCUGCUCUGACAUAUCAGUGGGAAAUGGUUCAAAUGAUGCUGAAAAGAUAUUCUGCAAACUAUAAAAUUGCCAAUAAAUAUGGACAAACUCUCAUUCACUUAGCAGCAGAAAGGGGUAAUAUUAAAAUUGUAAGGAUGCUAGAAGGUAACUAUGAGGCUGAUGUCAAUGCACAAUACAACGAUGGUAAUAUUCCUGUCGAGAAUAGUAACAAUUCGAAGUCAUAAAUAAAAAAGCACGCUGAAUUAGG